AUGGCAGGACCGCACGCUCCGGGAUUCCAUCCGCAUCUGCCUGGGUUCAAGCACAAGUUCCUUGCGACAACGCUAGGGGCGACGAUGUGGUUCUUUAUCUUCUACCGUGCUCGCAAGGAUGGUGCAAAGCUUCUCGGCUGGAGUCAUCCUUGGGAAGGUCAUGGCCAUGGACACGGACACGACGCGCACAAGGAACAUCAGAUUCUGGCGUAG